CUAGCAGUUUGGCCAGUCAGAGCCUGACAAAAGCGCUUUUAUAAAGCUGUACGUCAUGUGCUGAGUUUCCACAUCUGGUUUUAUACGGCCCUAGGUAGACGUGUAGCCGUCUUCUGUCGGCAUGAAUCUCGGGGACGGCCUGCUUUUUGAACUUGAAAAUGGAAAACCCAAGUUGAUUUUGCUCAGUCAUGGUGUUGAUAAAAAUCCAGCAAAGCUGUCCUUCAGGCCUGGAGCAGCAAACAUCCUCAGCUGCCAGCAGACCUCCUGUGUGUCAGAUGUACAGGGGGAGGAGCGUCCACCCCGACAGCUGGCAAUGAGGCACAGAGGGGCCAGGAGUAAGGCAGGAGGAGCAGGUGCAUCUGUCACCUCCAAUACUGAAGGGAAGAGUGCCAGCUUGACUUCAAUGAAAACACAUGAUCAUCAUAAAGUUGGCGUCGUCAAAGCUGUGGCAAAGGUGAAGUCAGACAGGCAGAAACACAGUAUUACUCUUGGGUCCCUGAGAGCCGGUGAGAAAACGGGACAAGCGGGAAACACUAGGACUCGAGGAGCUGGAAAGGCAGGAUUUAAAGACCCAGCAGCCAGUAGGGAUGCAGCACUGAAGGACAGCAUGGUGUGUCUGACCAGUGAGCAGCUGCAGCACAUCCUCAGCACUGUCCAGACCUCCAACAACGUGCAGCACCCACCAGACGAUGACAAGACUCAAGGAAGCAAUGGAAAUCAAACAAGCUCAAAAUCUGGCUACUCACAGAAUGAAGGAGGAGGAGGAGAGAAUAUGAAGGAGGAAGAUAGAGGAGGAGGGGAGGGAGUAAAGAAAGGAGAUGGAGAAGGAACAGAUUCAAUGGGAAGCUCACAACAGAAAGACAACAAGUUGUCUGGAGGUAUGUUCAGCUGGCUGGAAGAGCGACAGUCAGACAGCAAGGCAGCCAUCGAAGCUAAGAAGGCUCAGUGGAAGAAAGAACUCGAUGAACAGGUGGCCCUAAAGCAGCAGCAACAUUCAGCACCCAGCAGACUGCAGACUGAGGAGGACACACAGAGUGUGUUAUCAGUGCAGAGCUCGAUCGGCCACAAACAGCAGCCGCCAGCCAUCAGAUCCAGCCUCAGACUCGGGGAGGUCACUCCGAUGGAGGAGGAGAUGCUAAGUGUGGAGAGGAGAGAAGAGCAGAGGAGGUGCUGGUUGGAGGAGCUGGACCGUCAGAGAGAGGAGAUGACUGAGCGCAGGAGACGAGAGAAAGUGCUGCAGAGUCAGGCGGAGGACCACGAGCUCUGGGCUACACAUUUUGACUCGCUGCAGAGGAGGCCGCCUGUCCAGCCUGCAGCUUCAUCAGCGCUGCCACCGGCUCAGUUCAGCAGCUCUGAACGGGGAGAGUGGGAGCCCUUGUCAAGCCUUUCCCUCAUCUGGGAUGCUACGAGCAGCUGUGGAGCAGACAGUGUCGCAGGAAACAGUGUGGAUACAACCCGUGGGUACCCAACCAGGGCCAGCUAUCUGAGGACCAUGACCUCCCUGUUGGAUCCUGCCCAGAUAGAGGAGAGAGAGCGGAGGAGGCUCAAACAGCUUGAACAGCAGCGAGCUAUCGAAGCCCAAGUGGAGGAGCGUCGUCUGCAAAGGGAACGAGAGGAGGCGAAGAGGAGACAGGAGGAGGAGGAAGAAGAGAGGAGGGUGGUGCUGGAAAGGGAAAUGCUGCAGAGACAGUAUGAGAUGGACACACUGAAGGAGAGGGAAAAGGAGCAAUCGAUCAAUCAGGAGGAGCAGCUAAAAAAAAGCAGCCAUGAUGGCAGAUUGCAUCAGGAACUGGAGUCCAACGCAGUUACCAGGCAGGCUGAAGAUUUGGAGGACACCAGCACUUCGGUUUCCUCUUACAAAGACGCUGCUGUACAGACAGAAGCUGCUCCUUCUCUGCCGCUCAGAGCUCAGACUCCAGAUGUCUCAGUGCAGCCUCCUCCAUCUCUGCCCACUGCUGCUCCUCCUCCAAACAGCAGGAGCAGAGCGUUGAGAACAGGGAAGGAGAACAUUUGUCUGCCAGCAGGAGGAGACCCAUAUGAGCCGUUUGCCAGGACAGAGAAGAGCAGGAGGGACAAGAGGAGACCUGAGUGGAACACGCAGAGGCCAAACCGUCGAUUCGUUCCAGCCUCGGAGCGUUACCCGGCUGCUCUGCAGAGGAACAGACAGGAGAGUCGACUAAAGAGGCAAGCUGAGCUCCUCGCUCUGCAGGAGAGAACCUGUCUGCCAAGGACUGACCCUCCUCUUCCUCCUCCACCCCAGGAGCUUCGCCUGUGCCCCGACAUCAUGCAAACCAGAACCAGUCCCACCAGGAAGGUGGAAACCAACUCCAGAGGGCACAUCAUCUCCACAGGCUUAAACACUGAAAGAGGGCGCUCUCCUCCUGUCCCUGCAGUCAAACACAGAGCGCAGAGUCAGCAUGCCUCCAAUACUCUUCCUCUUGUCUUGGAGUUCAUUCCUUACGUCAGGACUGAUGAAGUCUUCAACCUGGACCCUCUGGAGCCCGCUGACACUCCUCCACCCCUCACACACUCAGGAGCGCCUCCUCCAUCACAUCGAGACCCCCUCCUCCACCCAGAGCUGCUUCGUAACACCCACACACACCGACAGCAGGAGAUCCUCAGAGGCCUGGCUCAGCUCCGCCAGGGUUUGUUACUGAAGCAGCGGGAGCUAGAGUCAGAUCUGAAUCCUUCCCGGAAGCGUCGCGACGAGCACCGGAUUCCCUCAACAUCACACCGCACGUGACCUCCAACCUGUGUCAACUAAAAACCUCAGCACUCUCAUGUGAGUGCAUUUAUUUUGAUACUACAGAGUCCUUUAGACUUGAUGACCUCAGGAGGUCCGACCCUCGAGGGGACAGAUGAUCAGCGUACUAAAAUGUCACAAAUCAGCAGUACUCCCCUGGAUCUAUGACGAGGAGAUAGACAGUUUAGUUUAACAGUGAAACAGUAACAAUCUAACAGUGGGUUCAAGCAGAUUAACCCCUGAAUGAGUCACUGAGUGUAAUUCUCCAUAAACUCUUCUUCCCACUGCACAAAAGGGAAGAGUAAAUAUUCCAGAGAUGGUUGUAGCUCUCAUGAGCUGCUCAAUUAUAGAAAAACCCAAAUUAAAUCAUUAUUUUUCUUAAUGUUGAAUUUAUUUAACAUUGGGGACACAGCGAUGUUUAAAUUCUCUUAAAGCUGAAAGCUGAAAUUGCAACGUUGCUUGUCUACCAGCAGGAUUCUUGAAAACGUUCUGGAUGGAUAGGCAUACAAAGUUUGCCCUUUUCUUGGGGGUCAUUCUAAACCAGGGAAUUUUUUUUUUUCCCUGGUUUAGAAUCGUCCUUAAAAAAUUCCUUUUAAAAAAAGAAGAAGCCAGGAGAUGGAGUACUGAACUACAGGUGUCAUGUUUUAAGCAAAAAAAAGCACAAUAGUAAUAAAACAGAGUUAAGACAAAUGUUCAUGCUGCAUAAAAGCUGAACUGGUGUGAAUAUGUCAGAGUAAACUCAUCCCUCAGAGCUGCAGAGGGGAGUAGUCCACGAGUCGGACGCCGCGGUGGCUGAAGCUCAGAGCUAAAGACUCUGACGAGAAACUGACCGUCCAGCGCUCUGCAGGUGUACUUGAAUGCGACAGUGGACCAGUGAUGUGGACGUGGGCACUGAGCAGAUAUGAAAGUCUGAUGAUAAUCGUUUAUCUCUCUGUUCAGCUAAGAAUCAUAGCUAAAGAUGAAAUCCUUUGUAAUAUCGAGGCCCCGCCUACAGACCACCAACAAGGGGUGGCCAUAGACUGUAUAUAAAAGAUGGACAUAGCCACUGUGACAUCACCCAUUUGUUAGCUGAUGCUUUUGAAACUAGGGAUUGCAGAUGAGGUGUGGAUGUAACUAAAAUGCUCGUAGGAUAGUGACAUGUCAAUCACACCCGCCUUAAAAAAACUGAUUUGAUUCUGACCAUAAACAUGCAGUCUUCAGUUUCAGUUAUAUUUUUAAUUACUUAAGGUUGGUGCUCAACAUGACUUUUAGACAUUUUUACAUUUAGUUCUACUUAAAAUACUCGAAGCUUUUACUUGCCCUAAAGAAGAUUCUUUAUUAACAGGUUGCUAACAAGACGACAGAAGCUGUCGGGGAACAUUAAGUCUAAUCAAGCCAAACACAGGAGCUCAGUGGUCACGCCCCUAAAGUCAUGUAACUGUAGUGUAGUCUGUUUUGAGUUUAACAGUAAAAUUAGUGAAUUUUACUCGUCUUUCCCACAGAGCCUGUUAUCUGCAAUAAUCAAAACCCGAGCUGUAUCAAUGCCAGCUUCUGUACUGAUCUACUGUGUUGGUUUCACCUCUCAGACCUGGAUGUCCAUCUUUUACAUACAACUCAUCUCUGCUGAGGUUGGUGGUUGAGUUUCAUAGUGGGUAACGUGGGGAGCUGAUUUUGGAACAAGACGGCAGAAUGAGGUGACGUAUAUCAUCCUGUGGCUUGAGUUUAUUUUUGCUGUGUUUUUCGUUCGUUCCUCACCAGUCCAAUGGUAUUAAAUGAGUUAAAGUUAAAAAUCUGUCCCUUUUCAAUGAGGGAGGCUGUUAGAUUUCACAGCCCGAUGGGAAAAUUAAUCAAAUUUUAGUGGCUAAAACUUCAAAUAUGAGGUUUUCUCUAAGAGACGCAAAAGUUAAUUCAAACAGACAGCACUGAAACUGAAAUGCCUCCUCCAAACGGGAAGUCUUUCUCCUGCUGCUCACUGGCUGAGUUUCUUGGUGAAUCCCUUUACAUGAGGAACGUAUUUUAAUGUCUUUAAAUGCACUUUUUUUAUAAGAACGACACGGUAUCUGACAACUGUUGAGUUUUUCCAUUUUUUUCCUGCAGAGAAGUGAGGAACAAAUGUUUCUUUAUUUUCUGCUGCCUAAGAAGCUCUGUGUUUCUGUGUGAUUUUCAUUGUGCUGAUGUAUUUUUUUUUAAUUUAUUUUAAAUGUAAUAAAUGUUUGGAGA